AUGAGCAACCUUUUACUGUUCUUUCCGCUUGUUGUGAUGACCAUCAUGAUUUCAUCAUCAACCAAUGCGAUGGAAAUGAUGGAAGGGGGACCAAAAAAUCAAACAAUAUAUUAUUCUCAAAAGUUCAAUCAUUGUUGGAAUGUAUCGGAAUACAUGACAAAUGCUAGAAGUUUUUUAAGAGAGAUUGGAAAUGAGCAAUGGAUACCUGAUGACUUUGGAUGUUCAAAUAUUUCGUUAUGGACGAAUUAUGGAAUUCAGCCUGUUUUAGUGAGAUCGGGUGAAGUUGUGUGGUAUUAUAGUUUUGUGGUUUUUGAGAAUAUUGGAAAGAGCUAUGAUGUUUGCACGAAAGUGAGAAGAUGGAAAGAAUCUCUGCAAUUAUCAUGUGAUGCUCUGUUUUGUGACUUUAAUGGAACUACAGACUUGGUAACGUUUAUUGAAAGAGAGACAAAUUUUUCAACAACAAUAUACGAUUGGAUCAAUUAUUGUCAAUAUUGUACAAAUGAUAGAACCCUGAGAUCCUACAAACAACAGAAUUCAUACAGUCCAAGUAACUUGAAAACAUGUAUUUCAAAAGAUGAAAAAGUGAGUGAAAUGCUGAAUCAAUUUCCGAGCUCAAUAACGUACUGUGGAAACUACCAAUUUGGAAUACCGUUCAUCGUUAACAGUACUGCCAUCGAACCGAAUGUAUUACUCGGACACUACUCUUACAUUUGUUAUUGUAUAGAUGGCGAUUAUUUUGCGCUCAAGUGUGAAAAUAAUCCCUCUAAUUUUGCAGCAAGACAAGCCAUUGGCGCUGUGAACUGUAUUCUUCAUGGACUUUCACUGCUCUUGGCCUUUUUUUCAACAUUUAUUCCAAAAAUUAGGACAUGUAUCAAGCGAAAGAAAAUACUCAACGGAGUGACGAUAUCAAGUGUGGUAUUAAGCGAGUUUGUACUAACUUUUGCAGGUAUAUUUGAAGUCGCCUACGCAACAAGUACUACAUCUACCGUCAUUGGUAAUAUGGGAAUUGCUAUGGUUUUUGCAAGUCUCUUUACGUGGGUGUUGAGAUGGGUAUCAUUGGUGUUGCUUAUCAAGACCAAACGUACCAGAAUGGUCAUAAUACUAUACAGUCUAUUGGCAAUUUUGUUCAUUUUGGUUGGAAUUGCUCUGCCAAUUGUCAUGACAAUACUUGGAGACUUGAAAUCGAUUGUUCACUUUUUCUCCUACUACUCAGCUGCAAUGUCUGCAGGGACUGUAUUCUUAUUCGUCAUUUCAUCAGCAUGGAUUUAUUGGGCAAUGAAGCAAAUUUCAGAUGUGGACAUUUUCAACUCUUCCUUUUUGAAAUUUGUAGGGUUGUUUGCCGUGUCUUGUUUCCUAUUUUCUUUCUGUUAUAUGGUUAUAUCGACAGUACCAGGUGGUUUUUUCAAUGGAUUAAUUGCUGGUGUUAUUAACAUUGCCAUUCAUUCUUCGCUUGUCGCCAUCUCAAACGGGUUAACGUACUCUGAAUUUGAUAUGGAAGAUUUUUAUGAAUGCUUGAAUUAUUUAAUUUGCAGAAAAGCCAAACAUGAAAAAGGACAAAUAGAGAGCACACCAAUGUCAGCAAAUUCUGAUCCAAAUUCUUCCUAUUACUCACAAUUAUUAACCUCUGAACAUGAAAAAUAA